AUGGGACGGAUGCGACUUCCCUCAGUUGGUUUGGGUGGCAUAGCCCGCUCGCGCAGGGGCGCUCACGUUUUUUGGCUAAGCCGUAUCUUGCUGGGUGGGACCGAGAUAAAGAAAGGACGGGGGGCAACCGUACAUGGUACUUCUCGACCGUGUCUCCGAGGGACAGUUGAACGAGCGAUUCAUGAAUGCAGCCGGGUUGGACGAGCCAAUAACUCGAACGCGUUCGGUCUGCUUUUUGAGCAAGAAUCACAGCGUUACCUUACCUUCACCAUGAUACGGACUCCAAGUUCUUAUGGCAGAGCACGAGGUGAUUUAUCAUCAAUAUGA